AUGUCGCUUUGUACACGAGGGGUACUAUUCAGGAACCCGAAGCUGAAUCCUAUGCGAUUGGGCUCGAUUAACCUGACGCGAUUUCCAACACAAACCGUUCUUCACCGCUUGCGCAUCGGACCACCAAGCAUUGUUGUCACAGAACGCCGCAACCAAUGUCGCAACUUCUCAGUGACCCAUACAAGGCGUGAAGAGGCUUUGUCAGACUCAGCAGCUGACGUUCUACCCGUCUGCUGCCCAGGAUGUGGUGCAUUCUCACAAAUUGUCGAAGCCAACGAACCGGGCUACUACGACCCAUCACGCAAGCAAACCCGCAAGCUGCUUGCUGUGAACAAAGCAGCAAACCAGCCCAAAGAAUCAACACAUGACGAGACUGCGGAGGAAAUUGCACCAUCACUGGAUGCUUUUUCAUUGCUGCCAGGGUUUUCCCUCCCGAAACCAGAUCCUCCCAAGCCCAUUGCAGAGGUCGCUUUCCCAGACGAAGCUGCCGAGCCUGUGAACAAUGUCUCGCAAAAGCCAGACAAAAUGAGUCAUGUUUGUGACAGAUGUCAUGACUUGAUACACCACAACAAAGCUGUAGCUUCUCCCAAACCGACAAUCCUAUCUAUUCGCAACUAUCUAGAGGAAUCACCAUUUCGGGAAAACCGCGUUUAUCAUAUCAUCGAUGCGGCAGACUUCCCAAUGUCUCUCGUUCGACGAAUUCAUUGGGCAUUGGAUCUUCAGGAGCAACGUUCACGAAAUCGCCGGUCCACAGGCGAGGCAUACAAGAAAGGAAGGAAACUUCCAAGUAUCUCCUUUAUCAUUACCCGAUCCGAUCUUCUGGGCGCAACAAAGUAUCAGGUUGACUCAAAGAUGGAAUAUAUUCGCACAGAGCUCCGAGCUGCACUGGGAAGGUCAGGAAGAGAUGCCCGUCUGGGUAACGUGCACAUGAUCAGCGCACACCGUGGCUGGUGGACAAAAGAAGUCAAGGAAGAGAUACGUGAGCACGGUGGUGGUAUCUGGGUUGUUGGCAAGGCCAACGUUGGAAAGAGCAGCUUCAUCGAAGCAUGUUUCCCGAAGGAUUCUAGGAACGUCGAGAAAAUCGAAGAAUGGAUGGAGCGCCGUCAAAAGGAUGAUGUCCCCCAGAAGAGAAUCACUCCUGACCCAGACAGUCUUUUGCCCCCGGCUCCUCCCGAGGAACUCUACCCUGUGCUCCCAGUGGUAUCCUCCCUGCCAGGCACCACCGUCUCGCCUAUCCGAAUUCCAUUCGGUCGCGGCAAGGGCGAGGUCAUCGAUUUGCCAGGCCUAGAGCGUGGUCUUCUAGAAGACUUUGUUAAGGACGAACACAAGCGGGAUUUGAUCAUGACGAAACGAGUCAAGCCAGAGCGUAGCACCGUCAAGCCAGGACAGUCGCUACUUCUUGGUGGCGGUCUCAUCCGUAUCACACCCGUGAACCCUCAACAUACGCUCAUGUCCGCCAGCUUCCUGCCCCUCGAAUCUCAUAUCACCAACACGCAGAAAGCCAUCAACAUACAAGCCGAGGAGCAACCUUACCGGGGCACUGUGAUCAUGAAAGAAGGUGUUGGAAAGGAGAUUUCCUCGGCGGGCAUACUCGAUCUGGGGUGGGACACUACCAGAUCAAACCUCCCCACAUCUCUGGCCAAGGCCAUUAAAGAUAAAGGAAUCCCCGUACCCGAUUUGCCGUACCGUGUAAUGUCUGCCGACGUUCUCAUCGAAGGCUCUGGAUGGGUUGAACUCAGCAUUCAGGUCCGCAGCAAGCGUGGGGAAGACGAGCCCGAAUAUCCGCAGGUCGAGGUCUUCAGCCCCCAUGGCAAACACGUUGGCUCGCGACGUCCAAUCGAAUGUUGGGAAUUUAUCGCACAUAAGCAAAAGCUCGACAAGCGCAAGCGGCCUCGUACGAGGCAUUGA